UCGUCAGCGCAAUAGUUCGGGUGUACAUUUUCUGUAACGGAAUAUAUAGAAUACAUUCCAGUGAUGUGGCGCAAGGAAUGUCAAAUAUAUUUCGGAUGUCUUCUACUAGUUGGAGGAUGCUUUGCUCUUCCUAACCCACUAGCAGCCCCCACCGAUAUUGAGACUUCCGACGAAAAUACAGCAAUUAACGAAACUACGCCUUGUUUAGUCGAAAAAGAUCCAAAUUUGUGCACCAAGGAAGAGGAUGUGGAUUUGGAUAGCUCAGAGAGUCUACAAAAACUAAGGGAAGCCUUUAAGGAAUUUAAUAUAACAUUGCCCAGUGAGCUUUCGGAUGACGUAAGAACAAGAACAUUUUGCUGUGCCGGCUAUAAGAGACAAAGCAAUCUUGAACUAUGUCAACCUAUCUGCUCUCCCAAAUGCGGGAGAAACCGUUAUUGCUCUAAGCCAAAUGUAUGUGAGUGCGCAACAGGAUACGAAGAAGUUAAUGGCACUUGUCGCAGACUCUGUGCUUCGAACUGCAGCGCAACUAGCAACUGUGCAGAUGGAAAAUAUUGUGACUGCAAGGAGGGAUUCCAGAUGUUAGAUGGAGAUUGUUUGACCAGUGAGGAAAUAGAGUUGACAAUUGAAGAUCCGAAUCUAUGUACGAAAACUAUCGAAGUUGAGAUAAAUUGUAGUUUACCAACCACUUGGCUUUCAAUGAAACAAGAGUUCGAUGAUCUAAAUAUUCCAUUUCCCAAUGACUUAUAUAUAAUCAAGAAAACAGAAAUACAGAAAUUUUGUUGCGAGGGCUACGAGAAGCACGAAGGGAAACACUUGUGCCAACCUGUGUGUCCUGCAAACUGUGGUGAGCAUAGUUUCUGUGGUGAAUCAGGCUUGUGUGAAUGUGAGCUCAACUAUCAAGUGACAUCGACUGGAAAUUGUAUCAAGAAUCCUGUCGACUUCCUAUCAAACGAUCCGCAUUUAUGCAAAACGAAUAAGACUGUGACCUAUGUGGAUCAGAGUAACUUAAACACUUUAUUGACAACUCCAAAGGCAGCAAAGAAUCUGAUCCGAAGCAAAGUAGAAACUCUGUUGAGAUGCUGCCAUGGCUACGAGCAAAUCACAAAUGGCGGUCUUUGCGAGCCAGUAUACCACGAAAAGCAAUGCAUGGAUGGCUAUCAAAAGGAUAAAUAUGGAAACUGUGAGCCAAUUUGCACACCCACUUGCCCACAAGAUAGCAGCUGUAUCAGGCCAGAAGAGUGUCAGUGUAAUGUUGGCUACUUUAACAGUACCAGCUUGGACAACGAAUUCACGUGUGAGCCCAUCUGCUUGGAGGAUAUUCCCGAGAAUAGUGUCUGUGUGCGGCCCGAGCAAUGGGAGUGUGACACUGGCUAUAUCAAGCUCCGCACGGCCGAUAGGAAAGCUUUCCGCUGUUCUCCGCAUUGUGAGGAAACUUGCCCCGAAUUUUCCAAGUGCGUUUCCCCCGAUAUUUGCAAAUGUCUUCCGGGAUACUCUGAAACUAAUGUAGAAGACACUAAUAAUACCAAUAACUACCGAAUAGUUUGUGCUCUUGAGAAUGAAGUAAAAAAUAAUGUUGAAGUAGAAGAUAGUACGGCAAGCCUUGACGAAGGCGAAGGCUCAUAUAGAGUUGGAAAAUGAUUUUAAAAA